AUGCCUCGUAGGAUACAGACUGAGGUACACACAAGCGUUUCAAGGCUUCUAAAGGGCGAUUAUAUACAACAACAGCCUGCGUGGUUCGGCCCUGUCCUCAGAAAUCUUCCUUCGCUUCCACCGAUCCACUCAAGGGUACAGAGGGACGAUAUUCAUAAACAAGACAAACCUUUUGUCAGUGGCUCCAGAAACACUUCCAAGAAAAAGCUUCCUAAUUGGCGACAAGACAAGAGACCUGCGAAUAUCGUCUACCCGGUUGACAAGAUUAGACGGCAAUUCUAUGAGGACUUUCCUUUCGAAACGUUGAGGCCGCAAAGUCUGACUGAAGGUUGGCAAGUUGGUGAAGAUAGGUAUGAAAAUAUCAUCCAUACUCUUAAUGGUUGGACUACGCUUAAGCAACUCACUAUCAACCCAAACCCCGAAGAUGCGAUCAAGUUCUGUAUGAACCUUCAUAACUCUCAGAAUAUGUCACUCUCUUUGGCUUAUAUCCACGCAACAAAUCAAUUCUCAGCCCUUAGAGCUGAGCUUGAGGCUCAAACGCAAGCUGCAAUCGACGAAGCCAGCGCGUACGGCGCAUUGUUCGCACCAACAGAGCUCGAAAGAGGUUACGAGUUAGAAGAAACUUUCUUAAACCAACGCCUGAACAUCUCAUCAUCUGCUCCAAAUGGUGCUAGCCAAGAACCAUCACAAGGUCUUAUCAAGCUAUCUGGUAAAGAUGCUUCGAAACUGAUUCCAAACAUAAGUAUGCCUCAUCAAGCUGCACAGCGUGUGGGCUAUGAACAAGGUCGAGCCUACAGAGACGCUCAGAAUUCACCUGUUGAGGACCAUCUUGUACAAAAGGCUUAA